AUGACCAACAACCGCGAGUUUCAAGACGCCUUUGUCAAGUACAUGCAAUCCCAAGUCGGAAAAAUGGUCGACCUUGAAAAACACGACGCCAUGAUUCGAUCCUUUGGAGUAAAGCGAACCAGCAGAACGAUUUACACCUUACAGGGCUGCAAGUUUAACUUUGAAGACGAGGACGUACGUCCAGCGAGCUUCAAUGACGACGAGUCUCCAACGAUUUCAGAGGACGACUUCGAGAUCGAUCAAGAAGCAAUUGAUAGACACGAACGUAUGUACCAUGGUUCCAAACCUUCAACUCAGAAGAAGCGAUCUUCUAAGAAGAAAGGUUCACUCAAGCCAUCCAGACCACUCACUGACGAGGAGAGAGACGCAUUGUUCGGCAAGCCAAAAGACGUGACUACCAAGGUCAAAUUGCCAAAAACUAAGAAGUCAACACAAGAAGAAGGCCAGCAGAAGAAGAAGAAAAACAGCGGCAAGGCCCCGAACGCUAUCCGAAAAACGAAGAAACCGUCUCGACUCUAA